AUGCGGGAGGAGAUGGCACAGCGGGAAGAGGCCGAGCUGCACCGGAGCCACCAGAAGCCACGUAGCCCUGAAGGUUGGGGGUUGCUCCUGGUCCUCUGGUAUUUGGCCUUCUACAAGCCCAUCAUCACCGAGGGCCACCUGAGGAGGAAGAACAUUGAGUUCAUCUUCAUCCGCUUCAGCGCCUGGCAGUAUGCUGGCUGCGACAAACUCUGGGCCGGUUUGGUCACCACCCUCUGCGACAGCAUCCGCCACCAUUUUGGAGCUCUGCCCCUCAGCGUCUACCAUGUUAUGGGCACCCGACCCCGCUUCGCCUCUGGCUUCAGCCAAAAGGAGUGGGUCCUCAAGAAGGGCACCUGCCUCAAGCUUUGGGGGAUGCUCUUCGUCCUGGCUGCUGGCCUCAGCAUCCUCCUGGUAGCCCUCUUGGUACCCGGCAUCAAGGACCACCAUGCCUUGAAGGUGGUGGGCAGCGCUGUCACCUCACUCUCAGGUUCCAGUUUGGUUUUGGGAGCUUUGUCUGUCCUGAAGAACCUGCUCGUUAGCGAGAAGCAGAAGAUUGAGCGGUUGACCAACAGUGAGAGGUUCACCAGUCAGCUGGGCUUCAUGAGCAAGGUGCGCAACGAGGUGGAGGUGCUGGUUGACUUCUUGGCCUUCAUGGAGAUCUUUGAACGCCGACGGCUCCGUGUGGUGCUGGAGAUCACCAGCCUGGACAUCUGCUACCCAGAGAAGGUGGCUGGCGUCCUCAACGCCAUGAACACCUUGCUCUCCGAUGCCAACACCCCCUUCAUCUUCAUCUUGGCCGUGGACCCCAGCGUCAUUGUCCCCUGCCUGGAGCAGACCAGCUGCAUGAAGGGUCUUGCCGACAACGGUUACCUCUACCUCAACCGGACGGUGACGUUGCCCUUCUCCAUCCCCGAGAUGGGUGCCCGCUCCCGCCUGCAAUGCCUGGAAGCCGCCGUCCAAACGCGGGAGGACCUCAUGUACCGCAUCAUCACCAGCAAUGUGGAACGCCGCCGAGCCAAGUGCCAGGGCGUCCUGGUGGUUCCCAGCCUGCGGGAAGCGGAUGCCGAAGCCGUCCGCUGCAUCCACGAGGCUUUCAGCUGCCUCCAUGACAGCGCCGAUGCUCUCACCCGUUACCUCCCCACCAACGGCGUCCAUGUCCGCCGCAUCGUCAACACCAUCCCCAUCACCCUACGGCUCCUCCUGCACCGUGCCGGCACCCCCGACACCCCCUCACCCCGCGCUGCUGCUGCUUGGGUAGUGUUGGCCGACCAGUGGCCGUGCCGACUGAGCUGGGCACUGCAGUGCCUGGAAGAUGCUUGGCAGAGCCAGCCGGCACCAGAUUUCGGCACGCGAUCCUUGUGGACCAUCUUCCAGGAGAACGUGGGGGAACUGAGCGCCCUGCGGCAGCAGUUGCACAACGUCCUCAGCCUGGACGAGGACCCUGAGCUUUUCCAGACCUUCCUUGCCUGCGACUUCCCCUUCACCGCCCGUGAUGCCCGCGCCUUCCUCGGCGUCACCGUCAACUUGGACCACUCCAUCCGGCACAAGAUGGGGCUCCUACGUGCCUCGACCGCUUGCAGAAAGCCGCCGCCGCCCCAGUGUCUCGCGGCAUCCAGUGUCCCCACCCUGAGUGAUGGGUAA